CUCCUCGCCUCGCCCCUCUUCAUAUCCUCCUCCCCCACCCCUCCUCGUAUCCUCCUCGUCCCUGCCCAGCUCCCUUCCUCCUACCACUGUUCUCCCCCCAACCCUCUCGGCGAGGCAUGCCCACGCACUCCCUCUAUCUGCGCAUACACCACGCACACUUUCCAUACCUCACUGUGGGCGGAGGUGGUAUGGGCAUGGUGCGCGCUGUAUGCACCGGCAAAGGGAAGGGGCGUGGCGAUCUCAAUGUGCUGGCAUAGCCAGUGGCCGAUCGAACGUGACGCGCGGCGCACUGAGGGCACCCUCAGAGGCGUCCCGCGCGUCUCCAGCAGUGCCGAGCCUCGCCGCAAAGGCGAGGCUGCGAGGGAAGGAGGGGGGAAGGCGCCGACCGCUUGGCAGCCAAUCGCGAGGCGCGGCUUGGGCAGGUGGCGGCAUAGCGGGAAGAACGCGAUUGGGAGCUCGCUCGUGACACAUUACGCGUCUGGAGCGAGUUCCCGCGCCCUCAGACACGGGCUGAGAGCGAAUUGGGGGAGGGGAGGGGGAUUUGCACGCCGCCGCUUGUUGCGAUGA